AGCGACGCCCCCCGCCCCCCCUUUCUAUAAAUUGAGACCACACGCUCCCCCGAUGCUCUCUGCUCCUGCCCGCUAGCCAGACAGCCGCAUCUUUUUGUGCAGUACCAGCCGCAUCUCUGAGACACGAUGGUGAAGGUCGGCAUAAACGGAUUUGGCCGUAUUGGGCGCCUGGUCACCAGGGCUGCUAUACUGUCCGGCAAAGUGCAGGUUGUGGCCAUCAAUGACCCCUUCAUUGACCUCAACUACAUGGUCUACAUGUUCCAGUAUGAUUCCACCCAUGGCAAAUUCAAAGGCACCGUCAAGGCUGAGAACGGGAAGCUUGUCAUCAAUGGGAGUCCAAUUACUAUUUUCCAGGAGCGAGAUCCCACCAACAUCAAAUGGGGUGAUGCUGGUGCUGAGUAUGUUGUGGAGUCCACUGGUGUCUUCACAACCAUGGAGAAGGCUGGGGCUCACUUGAAGGGUGGCGCCAAGAGAGUCAUCAUCUCUGCCCCUUCGGCCGAUGCCCCCAUGUUUGUGAUGGGUGUGAACCAUGAGAAGUAUGACACGUCCCUCAAGAUCGUCAGCAAUGCUUCCUGUACCACCAACUGCCUGGCACCCCUGGCCAAGGUCAUCCAUGACAACUUUGGCAUCGUGGAGGGACUCAUGACCACUGUCCACGCCAUCACUGCCACCCAGAAGACUGUGGAUGGCCCCUCUGGGAAAAUGUGGCGUGACGGCCGUGGGGCUGCCCAGAACAUCAUCCCUGCUUCCACCGGCGCUGCCAAGGCGGUGGGCAAGGUCAUCCCGGAGCUGAAUGGGAAGCUCACUGGCAUGGCCUUCCGUGUCCCCACCCCCAACGUGUCCGUCGUGGAUCUGACCUGCCGGCUGGAGAAAGCGGCCAAAUACGAUGACAUCAAGAAGGUGGUGAAGCAGGCAUCAGAGGGCCCCCUGAAGGGCAUCCUGGGCUACACUGAAGACCAGGUUGUCUCCUGCGACUUUAACAGUGACUCGCACUCUUCCACUUUUGAUGCUGGGGCUGGCAUUGCCCUCAAUGACCACUUCGUCAAGCUCAUUUCCUGGUAUGACAAUGAAUUUGGCUACAGCAACAGAGUGGUGGACCUUAUAGUCUACAUGGCCUCCAAGGAGUAAGAGCCCCUGGACCACCAGCCCCAGCAACAGCAUGAGAGGGAGAGAGGCCGUCAGCUGCUGGGGAGUCCUGGCCCCAAAUCCAUCCUGACACCAAGCGUCGCCCAUCCUCCACAGCUUCCAUCCCAGACCCCCCGAGGAAGGGGAGGGACUGAGAGCCCUACUCUGUCAUGUACCAUCAAUAAAGUACACCCAGCCAA